GCGGUAGCAGCAACACCAGCAACACUAGCAGCAACAGCAGCCCAAACAGGAAAAUCCGCACAGAAAUUCAGUUCAAUGCGAAAUUUUGUAUGAACCAGACGCGAAAUAUUUAAACGCUGCGUGGCCCAAAAGAAUUUUGUUAGCAAGUGCGUAAAUGUUGGCUAAAACCAAUGCCCCUCAGCGUUAAGUGCGGGAGUAAGAACUGUGACUGCGAAUAGGACAACAACCAAUAAUAGCAUUAAAUUAACAAGCCGAGGCGUAAAAAGGUUGCAAUCAAAUUACGUCAAUUCGGGAAAAAAGUGUAAUCAAUUUGGCGACUCAAUUAGACAGCAGACUGCCCGGCCAUCGCGUGUGCAUCUUCGAGAUACUCGCCGGACAAGAUACAAGCCUGCAGAUCGCGGUUUGCAUGACGAGGCGCAUCGCAGCCUAACGCCUCGAGUGAAAUUUGUUGCACAAAUCGGUGUGCAAAUCGCAGUUGUCCGGAUUGCUGACCAAUUGGCAGCAGACUUGUUUAACACAUUUUUUAACACCGAACUCAAUUUCAAUUUGAAUUCGAACUGUAAUUUCAAUUUUCAUUCCCAUUUCCACUCGAAGUGCACAAUAUUGAAUUGGAAUUGCAAUUGCAAUUCAUGUCGCAGCUAGUAGCUUGAGCCAUGGCAGAGUAAGCCCCAUCAGGCGGAGCAAUGUUGCACUUAAGGCUAUUCGAUAGCUCACUUUACUUCACCCUGGCCUCCGGCUCGGAGUCCUCCCUGGCGGCGGGGGCGGGUCGGGCGCUCAAUGACAGCCUGGUCGGGGGCGUGGCCACGGCAGCGCCAGUUAAUCUGACGUACUUCACACCUGCGAUAUCACACGUGAUGCUGGCGCCAACAGCGGCGGCGGCGGCGGCAUCAGCUUCGGCUGCAAUAGUCCAGACGACAGCGGCGCCGAGCCACGACUUAGAAGCUGCGGCGGCACAGGCGGAGGUGGAUAUGAACAUGGAGCUGGAAAUGGAGGCAAGUGCUGGGGGCAACUCCACAGCGGGCCACCCCGGCGAAUUGGACAAUUUAAACUCGUUCUACUUUUAUGAGACGGAGCAGUUUGCUGUGCUGUGGAUCCUCUUCACCAUCAUCGUCCUGGGCAAUUCGGCGGUCCUGUUCGUGAUGUUCAUCAACAAGAACCGCAAAUCGCGAAUGAACUACUUCAUCAAGCAGCUGGCUCUGGCAGAUCUCUGCGUGGGACUGCUCAACGUGUUGACGGACAUAAUAUGGCGGAUUACGAUUUCGUGGAGGGCCGGCAACCUGGCCUGCAAGGUCAUCCGCUUCUCGCAGGUGUGCGUCACAUACUCGUCCACCUACGUGCUGGUGGCCAUGAGCAUCGACAGAUACGAUGCAAUAACGCACCCCAUGAACUUCUCAAAGUCGUGGAAGAGAGCUCGUCACCUAGUGGCUGGUGCUUGGAUCAUCUCCGCAGUCUUCUCCCUUCCAAUUCUGGUGCUAUACGAGGAGAAGCUCAUCCAAGGACAUCCACAGUGUUGGAUUGAACUAGGUUCGCCCAUGGCCUGGCAGGUGUACAUGAGUCUGGUUUCGGCCACGUUAUUUGCUAUUCCAGCGCUGAUUAUUUCUGCGUGCUAUGCGAUUAUUGUAAAGACGAUAUGGGCCAAGGGCUCCAUAUUCGUUCCUACAGAACGAGCUGGUUUUGGAGCUGCUCCUGCCAGAAGAGCAAGCUCGAGAGGAAUCAUACCACGAGCUAAGGUCAAGACCGUCAAGAUGACUCUCACCAUAGUCUUUGUAUUCAUCAUCUGCUGGUCGCCAUACAUCGUCUUUGAUCUGCUCCAGGUCUUUGGCCAGAUCCCGCACUCGCAGACCAACAUCGCCAUUGCCACUUUUAUCCAGAGCCUGGCUCCAUUGAAUUCAGCGGCCAAUCCUCUCAUUUACUGUCUUUUUUCCUCGCAAGUCUUUCGUACUCUAAGUCGCUUUCCGCCCUUCAAGUGGUUCACCUGUUGCUGCAAGUCGUAUCGCAACAACUCGCAGCAGAAUCGCUGCCACACCGUGGGUCGGCGGCUCCACAACAGCUGCGACUCCAUGCGAACCCUGACCACCUCGCUGACCGUCUCGCGCCGAUCAACCAACAAGGCCAAUGCCCGGGUCGUCAUCUGCGAGAGGCCCAGCAAGGUGGUGACCGUGCCGGCCAUGUCGGAGGUAUGAUAGCUGGCACACACCACCCGCAAGCGUUCAACUUUCGCGGUCCACGGGCCGACGUCCUUCAGCGACGCGGAGUUUCUCUAAAUGGGGCCCAGGAAAUUCCAGGAAUGACUCCAGGAGUGGAGUGGCCAAUAUGUGAAUGCACCAGAGGCUUAGACAAUAAGUUCGGUAGUUGUACUAGACAUAGGUAAAGCCAAAUGUAAGCCGAUAGUUCUUAAGUAUUCCAGGUCUACGCUACGAAUUUCAAAUCUAUUUAUAACUGUUCCUCGUAAGUAUUUAUUGUCUAGUAGUUGGUAUUUAUAGAACUUUUUAUUAGAGCUAAGAAGUGGAAUUUACUAGCCACGGGUUUUGGUUUUUUUAUGAUUUUUAUCUUAAGACUCAAUGAUUUCUGGGAGACCCCUGGCAGUGUAGGUUUCAGUCGCUUCCCAACUUUGUAUUCUAUUCAUCAGACUGAACUUAUUUUCGUGAAACUCGCGCCCAAUGACAAGGAACUCAAAAGUCAUUGCUUUCCAGUCCUAACUAGCUGAUAAGCCCAUUCAAAUUCCAUCUUAGCCAUGUACAUAGCCACUAAUAGUUGUGGCCGAUGAACUUGUCCAAGAUCCCUAAACCAAAACCUAUUGACAUAAGUAGACCGUAAGAGUUAAACGAGCAUAACGUUUUAGUCAAUUUGGUUUAAGCUAAUAUUUAUUUCAUCAUUAUGUGAGUAGAAGCAAGAAUAAAGUAAGCGGAUUCUCAAGCGU